AGUCUCGGGUGACAUCUGCUCUGUAUAAAAAGCCAAUUGUAGUUGAGCUUUAGCAUCACUAUUAUAUCUGGAUUCUCUUGUAAAUAUUUUAAAUAAACCUUGGCUGUUUAGGCUCCCUGUUUCUUAGCACUGAGAAAACCGAAAGUGUAAAAAAAUGGAUGCAAUAUUCAGCUGCAGGCUGGAGGAUAUGGAAGAUUAUUAUAGCUUGCUGGGAUGUGAUGAAUUAUCUACAGUUGAACAAAUUGUGGCAGAGUUUAAAGUUAGAGCCCUCGAAUGUCAUCCGGACAAGCAUCCUGGAAACCCCCAGGCUGUGGAGAAUUUUCAGAAGCUGCAACGUGCAAAAGAGAUUCUUUCCAGUGAAGACAGCCGGGCCCGUUACGAUUACUGGAGAAGGAGCAAAAUUGCUAUCCCAUUCCAGCAGUGGGAAGCUCUGAGCAGCUCGAUGAAAACAUCAAUGCAUUGGGCUGUCAGAGAUAAAAAAGAGCCAAUGUUGGAUGCUCCUGAUUCAAAUCUUAAUGACAAGAUGGCUGACAAUUUUUCACUGAAGGCAGAAAUCAACAAUGAUGAUUUAUUGGAUGACAGAAAGGGACCGGAAGAUUUUUGUAUCUGUGAUGGGAAACCGAUGUCGCCGAAGAGCCCUGAUUCGCCAGGAUUUUCAGAUCGAAACUGCUGGCACUUGCGCUUCCGCUGGUCUGGUGACGCUCCAUCUGAACUUCUGCGGAAGUUUAGAAACUAUGAAAUAUGAAACAGAAGACCAAAUAUGUAUGAAGGACCAAGCGUGUGUUGAACCUUGGGUUCACUAUCACACUAUUUUUGUAUAAGUUGUUUACAGAAUGGCCGCUUGUAUCUAUGGAUUUAUGUAUUAGGGAUGUGCCUACUUUGAAAAUGAUUCAGAAGAGGUGCUUCAGAACUCAUCCAAGCAGACCACCUCUUUUCUGCCAAAUGCAGCUGUCUGUCUCUCUUCAGGUGAACUAGAGAAAAGGUGCAGCUGCUUUAAAACUUGCAUUCAGAGUUGGAUCCUUAAAGCAGGGGUGUCAUUUUUCAAGCUUGCAUGGAUGCCUGAAAAAAGGCUGCUGUAACGAGUAACAGAGAGGUGCUGUGCUCAUGCAAAUUUUGAAGCACCACUUCUGAACUAUUUUUGAAACUUGUGCAGCUUCAGAAAUACAUAUAACUUGUGCAACUAUAUAUAUUGUACUUUAAAUUUUAUAAUAUUAUUUUUCUUAUAUAAAUUAUCAUAUAAAACAUUAUAGCUUCUGAACUAGAUUCAUUCAUUGCAUGGGUAAUACUUUGGUGCAUUUAGCCCUGUUUUCAGAAAUAUAUCCGUAAUGAAAUCUGUUACCUAUAACUGUAGAACCGUUAAGAAAAUUAUCGGCAGCCACCAUAACAUUCUGUCUUUGUGACUUAUAUUUCUAGCUAUAUCCCAUCUUAUGGAAAUGAAUUCACAGUCUUUAACCCUUCAGCUCUGCCAUUCCCAGCCUCCUAAAAGCCUGCUGGACUCAUAAACGUCUCCUUUUUCCCUUGCUACAUCCUGUUGCUUGGGGAACCUUCCUAACUGGAUACAUAGUGCUGUCUCUGUAUCACUCUUCAAAGUCCAUCUUUUCUAAGAAACUUUUCAUCUAACUCUUUACACCCUUCACCCCAGCAGUAUUGCAUAUUUACCUUGCUAUUCUUGAUAUUCACAGCCAAAAUACAUGCCAUGUUGGAGUUUCUAGCAUAAUAUGUAAAAGUAGCUACAGGCUUCAGGUUGCCCAGUGCUAAUCAGGGCUUUGGCACAUGGAGAAAGCAGCUAACAUCCCUGAACCUCCUGCACCCCGUGGCUAUUUCUGUAAAAAGGUUAUGGCGGGAGCUUUGCUGCUGAUCAAAGUUAUGCAUAAUGAGGCUUUUUUCCUUUCUUCUCUCCCUUGGUUCUCUCACUGCCAACAUGUAGUAAAUAAUUUAUGGUUGUCACUUGACUUUUUUUUUUAUAAUGAUACCUUGUAAAUAGUAUGUACUUGGAUGGCACUAAAGAAAUAUAUUAUAAACAAAAGUGUAACCCACUUCAGGAACCCAAGAAUUACUAACCUUGUACAAAAUCAACUGUGAGCUUUAGGUGAGGUUUAUGUAUGUUUCAGUUGGAUGUACUGUUCCCAUUCUUCCAUGGAUGUUCGUGUUGUAUAUUGCUCACUCUUCAAUAAAUUGGUUGUUAAAAUUA